AACCGGAUUCUUUUCCUCCGUUUUUUUUCCUUCCCAUCCGAAAACCUUCCCCUUUUUAUGUAUCUUCGUCUGAAUCCCAUCUUCCCCUCUUCUUCUCUCUCUCUUACAUCUUUGUUCUGCACAAUAUCCUCUUUUCAUCCUCAGAUUUCUGAUUCUUGUUUGUUGUUGCUUAAUGCUUGUUAUGGGGCUGGGUAACCACGACGAUGCGGUGGCGGAAGACGGCGAUUAUAGCGACAGAGGAUGUGGCGACGGCGGUGGGAAGUCGUUUGGUUCUGUCGCGUGCUCGAUCUACCUCGAGGUUGUCGCCGAUUCAGGGGAUAGAUCUUGGGCUAAGCUUCAAUGUGGCCAACAAUUUGAUCUUGUAAUUCAGUGAGAAAAGCCUCUAGUUAGAAGAAUAUCCAGCCACAAUUACACGGUGAUCGGAGCUGUACAUAUACUGGAAAAACCCAGUUGAUGAGGUCGCUGGAAGACAUGGAAUUGAUCACUAGAUCAACACAGCUGAUAAGUUGACGUGUUUAGUUAUCGAGUUUGUCAAUCAAAUGGAGAGAGCUUGGUUAAGGCAGAGAAGAUGAUGAGAAGAUUUUAUCCGAUUGUUCAACUAUUUAUCUUCAUACUCGUUCUUCCAACUACCGCACAAGAAGGUUUUGUGAGCCUAGCAUGUUGUGCCGAUUCAAAUUUUACAGAUACAAGUACAGGCAUUGUUUGGACACCAGAUUCCCAUUGGUUCCCAAAUUCAUCUAGUUGCAUAAACAUAAGCAAUAAUGCCAAGUCUCGCAUCUUUGGCAAAGCGUUGGGCAAAAGAUCUUGUUAUCGUAUAAGCACUGUCAAAGGCCAAGAAUAUGUUAUAAGGGGUACGUUUCUGGUGAAGGAGUCGAGCGCAAGCGGGGACUCAUAUUUUGGUGUUUAUAUCGGUGCUACGCUACUGGAUUUAGUGAGCUCAUCCCAAGACUGGGUGGUUGAGGGAAGCUUCAAAGCUGAAAGGAAGUAUGUAGACUUUUGCUUGGAGAAGGAAAAGGGAGAGCCUUAUAUAUCCUAUCUUGAACUUAGGCAACUUCAUGACUUCCGGUAUCUCUCAAGGUUUCCAUCUCACGCUUUAAAAUUGAUUACCAGACUUAACCUGGGGGAACCCCGAUUCAACAUCAGGUACCCAGAUGACUUGAGCGAUAGAAUUUGGCAACCAUCAACGUAUUCUCAAAAUAUAGCUCGUUUAUUAUCAGAGCCCAAUAUCAAUAUCUCCGAUGCUUCGCUUGGCGUUCCUUUGGAAGUCCUCCGAACUGCUCUUACUCAUCCCACCCACCUGGUUUUCCUCCACGAUGACCUCGACACAGCAACUUACGAGUAUCGUAUCUUCUUUCACUUUGUUGAGCUCAACAGGACUGUUAAAUCCGGCCAAAGAUUGUUCGACGUUUAUAUAAAUAGUGAAAAGAAAGCAACCAACUAUGACAUUUUAGCCCAUGGGUCCAACUACAGGUGGGAAUUUUAUGAUAUUCUGGCCAAUGGGUCACUUAAUUUGACCUUGGUUAAGGCCUCAAUCGGGUCUGAGUUAGGACCCACUUGCAGUGCUUAUGAGAUCAUGCAGGUACGUCCAUGGAUUCUGGAGUCUGACGAGGGGGAUGUGGAAGUAGUUUUGGAGGUGAGGGAUGAGUUGUUGGUAGCUAACCAACAAAACGAAGUCUUGGGUAGUUGGUCAGGGGAUCCUUGUCUUACGAUUCCCUGGGACGGUCUGACGUGCGACUCCAUCAAUGGAUCCUCAGUUAUCACCAAACUGGACCUCUCUGCACAUAAAUUCAAAGGAUUGUUUCCCGACAGUUUAUCUAAGCUGGCCCAUUUACAAACUCUGGACCUCAGCAACAAUGACUUCACCGGAAGCCUCCCAUCAUUUCCCGCUUCUUCAGUGUUGAUAUCAGUGGAUCUGAGCCACAAUAAUUUUAGGGGAGAACUUCCUGAAUCUCUUGCUUUGUUACCACAUUUAAAAACAUUAAAUUUUGGCUGCAAUCCUUACUUUGGCAAGGAGCUUCCACCCAACUUCAAUAUGUCGAGACUUAAUACAGACUAUGGAAUGUGUGAUCAUUCAGCAUCAACAUUUCCGAAACAAGGAAUUAUCAUAGGGACUGUUGCAAGUGGAUCAGUUCUUUUUACUGUUAUUAUUGGUGUCAUUUAUGUAUACUGUUGCAGACAUAAAUUUGCAUUUAAAGGGAGAUAUGUUAUGAAAAGAGAACUUAUGGCAAAAGAUAUAAUCAUUUCUCUACCCAGCAUAGGCGAUGUUGUUAUAAAAUCAAUAUGCAUAGAGACAUUUACUCUCGAGCAUAUUGAAGCUGCUACCCAACAAUACAAAACCUUAAUAGGUGAAGGAGGGUUUGGAUCUGUUUAUCGUGGCACUUUGCCUGACGGUGAGGAAGUGGCUGUAAAGGUCCGGUCUGCCACAUCUACCCAGGGAACGCGGGAAUUUGAAAAUGAGCUAAAUCUUCUUUCAGCUAUUAGGCACGAGAACCUAGUACUUCUUCUUGGUUAUUGUUGUGAAAACGACCAACAAAUUCUUGUUUACCCUUUUAUGUCAAAUGGAUCACUGCAAGAUCGUCUCUAUGGGGAACUGGCAAAGAGGAAGACACUGGAUUGGCCCACAAGACUUUCAAUUGCACUUGGUGCUGCUAGAGGUUUGACGUAUCUUCACACAUUCGCUGGGCGAUGUGUUAUACAUAGAGAUGUAAAAUCAAGUAACAUACUUUUGGAUCAUAGUAUGUGUGCCAAGGUUGCAGAUUUUGGGUUUUCCAAAUAUGCACCUCAAGAGGGUGAAAGUGGUGCUUCCCUGGAGGUCAGAGGAACUGCUGGAUAUUUAGAUCCCGAGUACUAUACGACCCAUCAUUUGUCUGCUAAAAGUGAUGUGUUUAGCUUUGGCGUGGUUCUCCUUGAAAUAAUAAGUGGUCGGGAGCCACUGAACAUUCAUAAGCCACGCAAUGAGUGGAGCUUGGUUGAGUGGGCCAAAAGUAAUAUAAGGGAGUCGAAGAUGGAGGACAUUGUGGAUCCUUCCAUCAAAGGAGGCUACCAUGCAGAGGCAAUGUGGAGAGUGGUGGAGGUGGCAUUGGCAUGUACUGAGCCCUCCUCGGCGUAUCGACCGUGCAUGGGUGACAUUGUGCGUGAGCUAGAAGAUUCUUUAAUCAUAGAGAACAAUGCUUCAGAAUAUAUGAGGUCCAUAGAUAGUUUGGGAGGGUAUAGCUUGGGAGGAUCGAAUCGUUUUUCAAUGGUCAUGGACAGAAAGGCAGUAGUUCAAGUUCAACCACCCACUCCAACUCCCACAGAGCCAUCGCCAAUCUCACAUGAGUUGGCGUUGGCCCCACCAGAGCCAAGGUAGUGUCUGUCCCUCCUGAAACUAGAUAACUAAAUUUCGCUAGUCUGCAGAUAACGAGGAUUCAUGUACACCAUUUGAGGAAUGCUGAAACAGCGUGUAUAUUCCUGCUUUUAUGAGAGGCUACUAUAUUAUCAUCU